CAUGUUGUACCUUUAAAGAGGAGAACAGACUAAGAUUGGUCAUUGCGUAUAUUUACGUGAUACUAGAGUUGGGAUUCCUGUGGUUGACUUGCAAAUCAAAUUGCAAAAUGGCUGACAAAACAGCUGUCUCUAAUGAAAAACGCCUGUUUUACAAAUUUAUACCUUAUUUAACGUUAUCAAGACAAGUCAUUAUUUAUCAUUGCUAAAUGACAACGUAUAAUACGUGUGUUGGUAGCUGAAUAAAUAUCAUUUAGCUAGAAAGGACAACAAAAGAAGAAGAAGUUUGAUUGAGAAAACUUGAAGAAUCGAUGAAGACAAAAAAAUAUGGAUAACUAAAGGAGGGAGGAAAACUGGACAAUGCAGAGAAAAAUCCCUCAAAGCACAACAGAGAACCACCAAACAAGUCUACUCAAAUAGGACACCAAGCUCAGUUCUGACGAAUAUAGCGAUGAAUAUGACAGCGGGUUGGAGGAAGAUGUGGAGUCAGGUUCUACGGGAAAGAAAGGAAAAGAAUYGGAUAUCAAUGUGGCAGUGGAGAGUCAACUCACUUGUCCACCAAUGAUUCGAUUAGAAGAUCAAAUGAAUAAUGAGAGCCUCGAAAUGUUGCAGCAGAUUUUUCAGGAAGCUGACGAGGACGGUGGAGGGGGACUUGACCUGGACGAGUUCCGGCAAGCGAUGAUCAAGACAAUGGCGGGAAGAGGAGAAAUACCUGAUGACAACCAGCUGUCAAUCAUAUUCAUGAAGGUGGAUGCUAACUGUGAUGGCACAGUAGACUGGGAAGAAUUCUGCUCCUACAUGCUAAUGGAGAAUCAACUGAAGGAUGUAAUGACCAGUGUGGAUAGAGAGAUGGAGUUCCCAUAUCCUGCRCGUGAGAUUCCAAGCUCGCAUCGCGACACCAUACAAAGGAUAACGUAUUACCCUAAGAUGACACACGGUGGAGAUGACCCUGCAGACAACAUUGGCGGUCGAUACCUUACUGUCAGUAAAGACGGCAUCCUUCAUUUCUGGAGCAUGGACCUUCACAACCUCAGGACACAUACCUUGCUUGAAGGCAAGUCAUCGUCCACACAGAGGACAAUGUGGGUGACAGACUGUGUUGUGUUACCAAAUGCCAAGAAAGUUGCUGUGUCUUCUGCAGACAGAGAGAUAGUAUUUUACGACUGCUCAGCAAAUAGCUUUGAAAAACAGUUUGUUCUAUGUGGACUGGAAUACUGUGUAGUCACUAUGGACUAUUGGUUCAAUCCUCACAAGCUCAACGAAAGCGUGUUGCUGUUUGGUGACGCUGGUGGGUCUGUGAGAUGCAUCAAGUUCUCGGCAGCUGUUAAUAAUCUGUUUGAUCUCACUCUAGGACAAGCAAUUCCAUCAGUUAACUGUCGCCGAGUUUCAUUAGCUGAGAUUUUCCUGGGRAGACAUGCAAAUGUCCAAGCCAUGCAGUUUAAUGAACUUCACGAGGACUGGGUCCGUAAAGUCAGGUAUUACCCAACACUACAGUGCUUCAUCUCGUGUGCUUCAUCUUCUAACAACUCCAUGUACCUUGGUGACUUGGAUCGCAAGAAAACGAGAUCAAUGUUCCGUACCCGAAAAGGCAUCAAUUCUUUUGACUACUGCAAGGAAUGGAACGUUAUUGUUACUGGUGGCUUGGAUCAUCACCUGAGGCUAUGGAAUCCCUACGUACCUACAAAACCAACUUCUAUACUGAAAGGACAUUCUGCUUGCAUAACUCACAUACUCAUCAACAGUGAACAGRGAGAGAUCAUCAGCGCUGCUCAAGACAAGGUUAUCAAGAUUUGGGAUAUGAGGGAUUUAUGCUGUGUUCAGACCAUUCUGAGCAGGACUCUCCUCCCAGGCCCUCAUCCUAUCUCGAGUCUCUACUACAGCAACAAGCUACACUGUAUUUUAGUAGGCACUAAUCAGCUGAGUUUACUCGAGGGAAAAAACGAGGACCCUUCAGAAGAGCAUGAGGUUGCUAGCCAUACGAAGCCGCUGUGUGGAGCUUUGUAUAAUGACUUGUUUGAUCAGGUCGUCAGUUGCUGUCACGAUUCCGUGGUGUGUGUGUGGAGCCUGGARAAUGGCGAGAAGAUUAUACAGUUUGCUAAUGCGCACGGUGAUUCAGAGAUAACAGCCAUGACUUUUGAUCAGUCCAAGAGACGACUCAUCACAGGAGCACGUGAUGGGAGUGUAAAGCUAUGGAAUUUUAAUAACGGGUGUUGCCUUCGAAUUACAGGAAUAGUCUCAUUUAAGCAGAGCAUUGUCGUAGUUGGAUGGAGCAAGAAGAUGAUUGUUUACAAAGAUUAUCGAGAAGAGGAAGAAGACGUGCCACGUAUCUGGCCAGCUCAUCACAAAGACGACAUAUUAUCAAUAUCWUUUUACAGUCCUAACUUAGUAGCAACAUCCUGCUAUAAUGGUGACCUCAAAGUCUGGAAUCUCGACACUGGACACACAUUAUGCGUGUUAAAUGCUAACAACUUUAAUAUUCCGAUCAUGUCCAAACCGGUCAUUCCGCUGGAGCUGAAACGACGUGUGUCGGAGAAUAAUGCCGUUCUUAGUGCCGUGCUUGCGGAUUUAAUGCAACAUCGCCGAGUAUCUACGAUCGAUCCCAAACAUCUAUCAGGUUUCAAAUCACCUCUCGGUAAGAGCUCCAUUCUGAAAGAUCCGUCCCUCCACGCACUUUCCAAACGAGCCAGAAGUAUUUGUCCUGUGAUGAAUAAAGUAGAUGUGAAAGACAGUGACUAUGACUCAGUUGUCGAUAAGGUUAUGUUUCUUCAGAAACGUGAGCACCAUCGUGAUACGGCAACAMUAGUUACCGGAGAGUCCGGGGGCCUCGUGAGGGCUUGGAGUAUCUUUGGAGGGGGACUCCUUGGGCAGUUUGUGGCAGGACAUACCGAACGAGAAUCCAUAACAACAUUAACAACAGAUGAAAACAAUACCAUGCUGAUAACAGGCGAUACAAUCGGAUAUGUUAAGGUAUGGGACAUUACCGAAUAUUGCAUAAACAAACCAGAAAACGCGAAAACAGCAAUUAAGAACCGCUUGAAAGAAAGCCGGGGCUCAUUCCUGCCAACGCUCGUCGAGAAGGAUUCUACAAAUUUUGUUCAGCAAGAAGGAGUAGCAAAUAAACCCCCACAGCCGGAUAGAGAGAUCAACCUGGUUCCCCCACCACUGUUAUUCAAGUUCAGAGCCCACCUCUCCUGCGUGUCUUGCUUAGACUACAUCCAGAAGAGAAAACUACUCGUAACGUCAUCCGUUGACGCCUCCGUUCGUCUGUGGACAUACCAGGGAAAAUACAUUGGUACGUUCGGCCAAAGAUCCCUGUGGAACCUGGGACGAGCAAUCAAGGCAGCGAAGAAAAUACCCAACGAUAUCCAACGGGUAGCAUCGCCUGACACUAUGGCCAGCUUAGGGACGUCAGGUUCACAAAAAUGGAGAGUUGCAAAACAUAUAUUACGCAUAACCAGRCUUGGUAUGCAGCUCGCAAACAAGGCCAAGAAGGUGGACACAGAAGCCGAAACUGUGUCCAUCAACAUCGAAGAAAGCCUCAAAAACGUCCUUGGUAAGCACUACCAACCCAGAAAGAGACAUCGCUCAUUACCCAGCUUCCAAAAACCCCAGUUCAACCAGAACCAAGUAGUUGUAUAUUCAUCAUUACCGUAUAAGGACAUGGAUGUUCUUGAGGAACCCAGGCUCCCGUCGACUCUCGCACAUCACGGCCAUAAAGCUUCAUCCGCCCAUCUCGGUGACACGAAUAAAAAUGUUCGCAAGUCACAUGCGCCGACGAGCGGGACGCCAUUUAAGCAAGGGUUUCGUAGACCUGCUAGUCGCGAGUCGGCUCGUCGACAUGUUAAGGUUAACAAAAGCCCAGAAUGCUUGUCUUGACUCGAGUGAAAAGAUUUUCGCAACUCUAUAUUUUGUUAAGCCUUUGGUAUUUUUUUGAUUUUCAACUUAUUUUGCUUGAUAAUAAAACGACACUUUCCAU